AUGGCUCACUCAGGUGCCAAGGCGGCCUUGGCGAGUAAUGGCCGGGGUUUGGUGAUUUUGACAGUCAUCGAAGGCAGUGUCGCGCUAUUCCUCUUAAUAGCUCGCGUAUAUACGACUUGGCGCAUCACUCGGCACAUUCGGAGUGACCUAUACCUGAGUCUGGUUACUUUUAUCAUUGCCUUGAUUGGAUCGAUAUUUCUGGCUCUUGGUGUCAACUCCGGACUUGGCGCACAUAAAGCCGAUCUCACCGAAAUCGAGAUCACUCACGCGAUCAAAUGGAAUUGGAUCAACCAGUCACUCGGUAUUCUCGCCACUGCGACCGGAAAAUUGGCCAUUGUCGCUUUUCUACAACAGAUUCAUGGUCCUGAAAGUCGGAAGAAAGUCAUCUUCUUAUGGAGUGUUGGUGUCAGUAAUCUGGUGGUGAAUUGUAUCACCAUCGUCCUGAUUUGGACCCAAUGUGACCCCAGUGCGAAAUUAUGGAACAAUGCGCUACCAGGAUCCUGUGAUGGCAGAGUUCGAAACCAACAGGCCGCAUAUUUCCAGGGUAGUUAUUCCGCAGUGUGCGAUCUGAUUCUAGCCUUAUACCCAGUCAUAUUCUUCUGGAAUGUCCGACUCAACCGGAGAGUCAAAAUCGGCCUUUGCUGCCUGAUGGGUCUUGGAGUUGCAGCAUGUGUCUGUGCCAUCGUCAAGACGACAACUUUACGGGUCCUCAACGAAACAGAAGAUAUAACUUAUUACAUGGCACAGUUAAUCAUACUGAACGAAACCGAAAAAUGGGUCGUCUUGAUCGUCGGCUGUAUUCCUCCCAUUCGACCUCUUCUCAUGAUCGUCUUCCAUCGUAUAUUGAGCUCCGCCAAAUCGACCAUUGGCCAAUCACAUACAAACCAACUUGGCCGAUCGACCGAGCUACAAACCUAUUCCCACUCCAAGCCACAAGCACGACAUAUGACCUCGAACUUGGUUAGCGUGUUAGAAGGCAAAGACAGCGAGGAGAACCUUGCGGAGGAAGGUGGGAUUAUGAAAACGACCGAGGUGAGGCUGAGCUAUGAGGCUGGUUCUUCUACUGGCACUACAUCGACUCAUCAUGAACAUGCCCCGGAGGACGCUCACCUACCCCUUGACAGGGUUUAA